CAGGACGUCGCUCUCAUGGGCUGCACGUCGCGGAGCAACUGCACCGCGGCGAUCCUCACGAAGCGAGGGGAGCACCUCGUCUCGUGCCCCCUGGCCGGCGGCGCCCCGCUGAGCCUGCUGCAGGGUCGGGGCGCGCUGGCGAUGCCGCUAGGGCGCGCGUGGCUGCGCGACCGCGGCGGGGAGCCCCUCGAGGGCGAGCCCGACGCCGAGGAGGGCUUCCUGCAGCCGGAAGAGAUUUCUUCGUUGAGCACUGCGCCGUGCGUUUCGGGACAUUCGUUCCACGCCGCGGACGAGUGUGUGGCUGUAGGCACCACGGCUCGCCGCGUGGCCCAGCUGGGCCUCGCAGACCUGGGCGACAGG